CCCCCCGCCGGGCCCCGCCCCCGUGCCCGGCCCCGCCCCCCGAGCCCCAGCCCCGCUCCCGCGCCCUAUUUGGGCAUCUGGGGGCGGCCGGCGGCGGGCAGGCUCCUGGGAGCCGGCGCCAGAGCGCAGCGGGGCGGCGGUGAGGCGCGGCCGACGCGCCGCCGGGAGCCGCAGGGAACAAUGGGAGUGGGCGCGCGCGGCGGCUGGGCCGCGCUGGUGCUGUGCGCGCUGCUGGUGCUGGCGCUGCUCAAGGCCGCCGUGGACAGCACGGGCCUGCACGGCUCUCCGGACUCUAAGAAGCUGUUGACUCCCGGAGACGACAGUGCUAACUCAACAGGGAACGCCACCGCGGUGACCUCCAGCCACAUGGGUGCGUCCCCAAACACAAACCCCAACAUGUCCACCCCUUCCCAAGUCCCCAGGACAGACGCCGUCAGCACCUCGAUGCCCAAAACAGCAUCCAGAGUGACAACCCGGGAGGCAUCCACGAAUACGACCUUCACCACCCACGUGUCCCACAGCGUGUCCCAUGUGCCGUCGACGAUGAGCACCGCCCACAACCAUUCGGCCACCUCGGUGUCUUCACCAGUGACAAUGACAGCAACUAUCAAUUCUAAAGAAAACCCAGGAUCAAAAUUUGACGUUGGCAGCUUUCUCGGUGGCAUCGUAUUAACGCUGGGAAUUCUGUCAAUCCUGUACUUUGGAUGCAAAACAUACUAUUCACGAAGAGGCAUUCGGUACAGAACCAUUGAUGAGCACGAUGCCAUCAUUUAAGGAACGCCAAGGACCAACAGAACAUGAGGACAGCCCUACGGAUGAAUCUGGACGAUUCUUGGAAAGAGUAUACACACAUCCUGCGUGUAACAUACAAUGUACUAUAUAAACAUGUAAACAGUCCUCAGGAUUACUAAAGGUAAAGAGACUUCGGGUUGGGUUUUUAAAUGAGCAUUUGCAGCAUACCGUUAAUGCAAUUUGAACACAAACAGUGCUGUUCUUGCUUCUGGGGCCUGGGUCACACUGGGGGAGUAACUCACGUGCCACUGGAGCGUGCAGACCGGGACACAGACCUUCACUGCUCCCCAGAGCCGGUGCUACCCUGAGCACUAAAGCCACACAGCAGAAAUUACAUGUCAGCCAGGUCUCCCGCAGAAUUGUAAAGCUCUGUGCUUGGGUUCAGAACGAGACACGUGGUCCCCACCCCCAGAGUCUGUGUCCUCCUUCCAGUGCCAGUCAGUCAGUCUUUCUCCUCUGUGUCAUUGCAGCAAAUUGUAACAGUGUAGUCAAGGUGUAGUCGGGUUAUGUGCCACUGUGAGAGUAUUGCCACUAUUAGAAAUGGCUUUGUUUCAUAAGCGCCAGUUACUUGUAGGUUUAGUGGAUCUUUUUAAGGGAUGGAGAGCUUCCUUCAGUAUCUAGGAUGGUUUAAUGUCAACAUGCUAAGGUAAGCCCCCUAAGAAGUGGGACUUCUCUAGACUUCUAGAAGGCUGUGUUGAUCAGGGAUGGGAGGGUACUCCACUCAGGCUACUAACCUACAGGAAGAAAAUGCUGUAUUUUUGUGUACUGUUGAUUUUACUCCAAUUUGGGGAAAUAGCAUUUUUAUACUAAAAAACCUUUUAUUUGAUUAAAUUCUUAGGAAGUUAAUACAAGAAAUUUUUACUAUUCUUCAGGCCUCUCCUGUAGAGGGGCACUUUGGGGCUGUAUUUUGCUAAUAGAAAAAGCACAGUAUUGUUGGAACACCAGUAUUAGUCAACAUAUUUUGGGGUGUUCGAUUUUAUAGUUUAUAUUACAGCAGUCAAAACUCAGGGUCAGGUUUUGACAAAGAAAGGCAUUUAGUCAUACGUAUGGCUACCCAAAGUUAAGUACAACCAGUUUCUGCCAAUCCAGAAAUAAGGUGUCCUAAUGAUCUUGUGUCUACACUGAAGAAGAUGUGACUUUUGUGACCAGCUUUUGGCUUUCAGAGGUCAAGAAUUUUGAUACAGAAAAAUCCCUCCUAGUCACUGUGCAUUGCGGCCCGCCGAGGUGAUGAGCGUGGGUAGUGGGGUGGGGCACAUGCAGUGCAAGACAGACGGGGGCUGAGUUAGUAACACGCAACGAGCCUACCUGGUCUUGAAACGACUUUCAGUGAAACUGUACAGCGAUGGGGGCCUUUUAAAUCUUCCUGCUUCCUCCAGAGUUCAGUACUUGAGGUCAGAACCUUUUAUUCCUGAAUACUUGUUUCUAUAGCACUUUGAAGAUGUAAAACCACUUUUUAAGUACUAAACGUCAUUAUAUGCCUUUAAAGGUUGAAAUAAUGUGUACAAUGUCUUCUCUCUGAUACUUUCAAAUACCAGUAUUAUUUGGAUGCAGCAGGUUUUUUGGUUAUCUGCAAAAAAAAAAAAA